ACAAUCACUCAUGUAUUAGACAAGUACAGCUUAGCGACUGAGUUAGAGAGUGAAUCGUAAAACCACUGGAGGAAUACAAACCACUGAAAAUCUGCAGACCCUGGAUGAACCACACAAAGUCGUUUUUUAUGUUAAAUAUCUAGAGAAAUGCACGCUACUUCUGAAACAUACGUUGAGGGAAAAAUCGACAGUGCUACAUUUUUUACUCGCUUACACGUACGUAAAUUUGCAACACAACAUCAAUGACUAGACGAGACUGCAGGCAGUGAGUAGGCAAGGCCCGAAGCUGCUAGAUUCCCGGGUGAUCCGGUCCCGGCUGUUAAGUUCCGGAUUGAUUGGUUCCGGCCUUGUAUCUCCCUCCUCCCCCUUCCCCCGGACUGUGCGCACUGACAUGGCCGAGCUGAUGUUGUGCAGUCCGCGCUCUGCCGGUACUGCUCGGUCGGAGGCCACAGAGGACUGAAAACAAAAAUGGCGGGAAGGAGAAGCCUACUUUUAGAAGCGCUGGAUAGAUCAACAGCUCAGAGUGAUUGUGGCUUUAAAAGUAAGUGGAGCUGUGAAGAGAUAAAGAAAGAAGACUAUCCUGUGAAUACAGAGAAGAAUGAAACCAAUCUGCUGAAUACCGACAGUGAAGAAAAUGAAGAACUGAAGACCAAAACUCCCUUUUCAUCAGAAUCAGUUAACAGUACUGGUUUCUUGAAAAACUAUACAAGAAGAAAUCAAGGCAGUGGUUUUGCUAAAACUUUGAAAGGAAAUGCAACUGGACUCAACAUGCUGGGGUCUGGCAAGAAACCAAGUGAGACUGUGACCUCGCAUCUUGAACCAAACAAGGAGAUUGAAAAAAAUCAGAAUAAAACCUUCGUAAUUAGUGGUCCUUCGAGUCCAGGAAAUGUGAUUCGUGGAAGGCGUUUUCAUCAUGCCAACGUGCAGUCAAUUGUAAAAACAGCAGCACAAAGCAAUCUUGGCUUAUCUGAUGAGGGGUGA